AUGGCUCCCAAUACCGGUUCCAGCUUGCUAUGGCCUCUACAGUUGAAUACUCAGGCUGCUGCGGCUGUUCCUGAUUCUGGCUUGGUAGCGAGGGCAUUGGAAUUGGGGAUUCCACCAAGGCUUGACUAUCAGUGCACUCAAGGGACAUGGCACUAUAAGACGAAAUCUAUAUGUACACUGGCGAACUUGGCCUAG